UGAUGUUUUUCUAGGUGGAUCCUGUAACCCCACACACUGGAGAACUAAUAUUGCUAUCCCUCUAUUAGAAAAUUGUGGAAUUACGUAUUACAACCCUCAACGUAAAGACUGGAGGCCAGAACUCUUGCAACAGGAAAAUGUAGCAAAAAAGAUGUCCAAGAUUUUACUUUUCGUUGUUGACAACCAAACUCGUUCUGUGGCUACCAUGAUUGAAACAGCCUAUCUAGCAGGAACUUGUGCAAAGAACUUGUUUCUUGUGAUUCAGAACCUAGAAGAUACGCAGUCCAUCUUACACAGAGAAGUAAUCUCUAAUGAUGAAAAAUUAGAACUGAAAGAAGCUCAUGAACUCCUGAAAUAUUUAGUCCAGAAACAAAAUGUUCCAGUGUUUGCGACUGUUGAAAAUGCUGUCCCAGAAAUUACUAAUUUUUUCAAGAGAAGCUUCCACUCUUUGAGAAGGAAGGGCCUGAGUAAUCAUCCAACCAUAAAAGUCAACUCGCAACUUACAGGCAAAACAGAGAAAUGGUGUUCAAGUUGGGAAUACUACACGAAUAGUUCCUCUGCUAGUGCUAUCUGUAUGUGCUUUGAGAGGAAAAUUUGCCAUACACGAAAUAAUGAUAUAACUACCUCCAUAGAAAGUAGAAAAGGUGUGACCUGUAGCAAACCAAGUAACGAGCUAGCCCAAAAGGUGGAAGCCAUUGAAAAAUGUAAAAAUCCAGCCUUUAUCAUCGGGGAAAAUUGCAGAGGUCUUUCAGAGCUGAUUCUGGCUUCUUAUAUAAUUGGACGAGGACAGAAUGUUGUUCUUCAUGUACAGAACCUGAAACAUGGUGUCGUUAUAGGUGAUGAAGAGUUAUCUCAAGAAGCCAUAAAAGACUACAAUCGAGGAAGAGCCUACCUGAUGGACCUUGCUCAGAGGUCUCAACUUACUGAAGUUAGGGAUUUUGGAAAUUACCCUGUUAAGCUAUGUUGUAACAGAUAAUGAAGGCAUUUAUGGGCCAUCUUGUUGUUUGUACUUUUUUUUGUUUUGCUGUCCAGAAAGUAGUGGAUAUCUUCAAUUGUAAAGAUUUGUUUGAAAGCCUUUGAAAUAGAGAACAUAGAGAUGAAAAUGUAUUCCAGUUACAUUAUCUUCUGUAUUCGGAAACAGAGUGUGAAAACUCAUAGCUUAAUUAUCAGUUCAUUUAACAGUAAGACAAAACUUUGAAACAAGAAAGGAAUGAAGACAAAUUUUAACUAAACUCUUCUACAUCUAUCAAGCUAUAUAUAUAUAUAUAUAUAUAUAUAUAUUUUAAAACAGUAUUAUACUUCUAAGUCAGCCAUUUGCAGAGACUACAGAGAAAUUUUAGAAUAACCGAGAACAGAAAUUCUAGGAGGCUUUCACAGGCUAAGAAGUAGUUUCCUAUAAGCGGUUAAAUGUUUUUAACCAGAAAGACUUUAAUUUGUCUUAGUUGAUACAAUAUGUUUUGAAUUUGUUUUAAUGUGCACUUGCAUGAAAAUAUUUUGUUUAUGAAUGCAUGUAUGUGAAUUUUCAAUGAGGCAGGAAUAUAAUGGGAUUUAUUUUUUAUAGCCCACAAGAAUUAUUUCAGUAUUAUAUUGUGUUAUAGAAACAUCACAUAUACUCCAGCUUGAGUAUGUUUUAAUCUUACUUGAAAGUUUAUUUUAUUUUUUAUAGAACUUAUUUCUCGUAACUCACUACAGGAAGAUGUGUAUUUCUACACCAAAAUGUUUUGUAUCUUCCUUAAAUGAUAACUUCUGCAACACAAAGGCGAAAUGGGGUAGUCAGAAACGUAAGGUUCAAUCAUAACUUAGAACAUAUUACUUAAGGUUGGGGGGGGCAUCACUUGCCACUCUUAACUGGAUAGCAGAGGAUGGACAGUCACAGUUGUAAUGAUGCUAUAGUUAGACGUGUGGACCAUAUAUUGUGGUUUGAACAGUUGAUUUUUUGCUAACCACCACACCAAGUCUACCUCCCUAAGAAAUAAAGUGGAAGUGUUGAUGUAAUUAUUUUGACCAUUGUACCCUAUAAUGGAUAUUUGAAGAAGUUGAAGUAGCUGUUAUCUCUCAUUUUGUGCUCCAACUAACUGAGACGAUGAAGUAGCCUUCAAUUGCUCAUGAUUUGAUGUGAGAAUAGAGGUUUCUAAUACUUCUGCCCCUCUUCAUCCCCAACGGCUCCGCGGCAAGGCUUACGACACUAGAAUUCGAGUUUUGAUACCCAUAUUGGGCAGAGCACAGUGUGUAACUGUACUUAACAGCAACCAAACUAAAUCAUCUACUCAUAUUUUGUGUAAUUAAAGGAACUUCAUUUAUAGAUAUAUUUUGGGAACUGGGUAUAUAGAAAGCUCUUAGUGCUGAAAGUAAAAUGAUUUUUAAUUUCUUAACAUUUAUAUUAUUGGAUAUUAUUUGAGGCCAUUCUGUAAAAAUCGUUAUUCAUUUAUUUUAUAAUAAAAUAUUUAUAUACCACUAGUUUUCUGCAUGUACAGAUGUCAAAUUGUUGUUAUAAGUAACCUGUUUUGAAAAUAAAACUUGUGUCCCUUCUUAUACAGAAAAUUGCAAAUGAUUGUAACACUACCAUAAAAAUAUUUUGAAUGUGACUCAAGGAAAUUCCUAUCAUUACGUACAUAUAAAAAAAGGAAGUAGUAAUGGUAUAAAUUGUUAUCAAACAAUUAGUAUUUCGGCUUCAUAUGUUUGUUAUAUAGUCAUUGUUAAAUACGCUUUUACUUAACAACAAAACAAACUUGCAAUACUCUAAAGUGGCGUAAGUUUUUUUACCAUUUUGCAGCUUGUGUUUCUUAGGUGAUAAUAGAUAAGGUAGGUUGUGGAUAUAGCUUGAAUGAGUUGGCAACUUAAUCUUUUACCUUGGACUUUAUUUAUGAAUCUUGCUUCCUGUUGCAAUGAAGAGUUAUAUGCACGUAGAAGGUGCAAAGAUCCUUUUGACUCAUUUCGCCUAAAUGUAUGUUUUACAAGAACGAAUAAAAAUGUACGUGAAGUUUUACAUACAUGA